AUGCUCGCAAAACAAAUGGUACUCAAAUCACUUCAUCUCCUUGUCAUCUCUCUCUCCCUGUUUUGUACGACCUGCGCGCACAAGUACGACAAUGUGGGAAUGGAGCAUCGAACCGCUUAUUCCCAAGAACAUCACAAGCUGAACGGAUCAAAGGAAAAAAUACAGGUGGACAAGAAAAAGCCACACGCAGGUGGCGAAGUGCUACUUCUUCUCUCAUCCUUCUUCUUUUAUCGGGGUUGUUGGGGGAGGGGGCAGGUGCAAUCUCGAAAGAAUAAUCAAAGCCAAUCCUCCGAGAGGGAGCAAAAUAGGGUUAGUGUGUAUACUACCGUAUGGCGCUCUGGGAAGAUCGUCAGCGUCCCUGGUGAAUAUAAUGAGUCCUUUAGCCAUAAGUACGAUCAUCGUUAUCUGUGGGCCGUCAGUUCAGGAGGCCAAUUGGAAUUCGAUGGAUGGAUUUGA